AAAGAAAGAAAUGUCUUCUAAGUCAGAGAAAAGGCUGAAAACAGAGGCCAACCCUUCAAAGGUGACAGAAAAACCUCUGGGACAAGGCAGUGAAGAGGAGGGCAUGUUCCAGAUUGGGAAGAUGCGUUAUGUCAGAGUGUCCUGCUUCAAGGGGAAGGUCCUUGUGGACAUCAGGGAGUUCUACGCUGACAAGGAGGGCAGCAUGAAACCGGGGAGGAAAGGGAUUGCCCUGUCUGCAGAACAGUGGAACCAGCUGAAGGAGAUCAUUCCAGAGAUCGAUGUUGCAGUCAAGAAAUUAUAA